AUGUUCAUAGAUGGAAGUUUAGGAAUGGCUUUUGUUGUUCCCAGCACAACUAACUUUCAAAAUGAACCUGAAAAGGUAAAUUCAUAAGCUUUUCCGGAAAACUAAUGUCACGUUUAGGUCAACCUCGUCGUCGAAAGGCUAUUCAAGAUGACUUUAGAUGCCAAGAAGCUUAUAGAGGAACUUCUUUAUAUGCUCGAUCUGCAGGAAAAGGUUCCAUGGUUUGUGUCUGAAGCAUGAUAAAACUUUUCUUUUUCAAUAGGCCGGACAUGUUGGAAAAGUUUUCUGCGCUGGCGUCGGCCAUGUCAACAAUUCAGACCGCUGUCAAAAAGAGCGCAUUGCAGUCAGGUAUCAACUUUGUGAAGAAUCGAUACACUCCAUCUUGUUUUCAGGACCAGAAGACAAUGGCUCUUUCCUAAGGUCUCAUGUAAUGGUCACACAACGACUGCAGUACGAAACGGAUCCUCAAUUGCAGGUUCCAAUUUUUUCUCUCUUUAUAAAAUAUCUUUUCAAAAACUUCAAAGACAGUUUCUUCAUUCUUACUUUUGAUAUCAAUCCUAAAAACUCAGAUGUCCAUGUUUUUUUUUCUAGAGAUAUAUUGAACUUUCUUGGAAUGAAAAUAAUUCGCCGUUUAUAGUUCGUUCGAAAAUCCUUGCUCAAAGAUAAAGGUUAAUUGAAUAAAAGUUUUGUGGCGCUUGCCGUUUCAGUGUUUCACAGAAAAAUGAAAAUAUCAAGUUCUAAUGUGAUCUGGAUCAUUUUGACUAAAACCUAUCGCUUUUUUUUCAGCAAUUGACUGAAAUGCGGGUUCAUUCUUGGAAUCACGACCUUGUGCCAGAAUAUCUGAGAACGAAGCCGAAUCCUGAGAUGGAGCGAGAGGAAGAAAUGAUCGAUUCUGAACGCUCUCAGAAAAGUUGAGCCUAUUCGUAUUUUGUGACUCAAUUUUGGUGAAUCAGGCCAAGACGUCAUUUCGCGGCAAAUUGUCGCUCUCAACAAAAAUAUCGAUCUUUUGCUGACGAUUCUACAGAAUCUCGACCGUAGUCAGACGGACAACGCGUCGGAUAGGGUAUGCAUCAGAUUUCAAACUACCCCGUGAAGUUUGAAAAAAAAUUCUGAUAGAUAUUGUAAAACGAAAGAGUGUAAAACCAAAAAUGUGUGAAUUGUUUAUGUAUGUCGCCUUUUGCGGAAUUAGUCUGCGUUUGCGCGAUUACUCACACCCAACGUCUCAUGGCUAAGUGGUUAGUCAGGCCAGUUAUACGAGAAAGGUCGCGAGUUCGGUUCCGAAGUGACGAGAACAUUUACCUCUAUGUUGCUUCUUUCUUUCACAAAUCUACACUUGUGAAAUAGAACAACAAAUAAUGAGAGAAUGACGAUAAGAUCUGAUCGGAGCAUUUUAAAAACAAACGGUACUUCUGGUGAUUGAGAAGUUGUUCUGAACAUAACUUUGACGACUUUUCAGUCUUUCUACUUUUUGUUUAGGCGCAGACAUGUUCUAGCCAUAGGCUGGGUUGAAAAAAAAAAGGGCGUUUCGUUAACUUUACAUUUUUUUUUUCUGCUCGACUGUACUCGGCUUCAAAGUUUUGCAAAGAAAAAUCAGCGAGUUAAAUCAGAUCUACGAAAAGUACCAUAAAGACUUAGGCCCCUCGUAUAAAAAAAUGACAAUAAAAAAUUCUAGUUCUGACGAUUUUAUAGCCGACAAACAGUGCCGAGGAGACAAACCGAGUGGUCCGAGCUCUGAUGUGCGGAGAAGGUCUGCGGCGGCCGCCUGUUCCACAGCAGCAGCCACCGCCGCCGUCAAUGCCUCAGCCUCAGAUGGGUGAGGCCGUUGCGAAUUUUUCGGAGAUCAACUGUCUUUUUCCAGGAAUGAUGCCGAUGGGUCCGAUGCACGGAAUGCCUCCUGGAAUGCAAAUGCCUCCGCAGCAGAGAAUGCCCAUGAUGCCCCAUAUGAACAUCACCAGAUGA